AGAUUUUUAUUGUCCAGGUUAUACUUGUGUGCAUUGCACCUCCAGCUUCAGUGUCACUACGAAUACGGUCAAACAAGCCAUGCAAGUCAAUGAAGGUGUGUGAGAAUAAUGAUUGUCAGAGUGGGACCUGUAAAGUGGACAGGUGUAACAAACGAGGGUACAGGUGCAGCUGUUUUCCUGGUUAUAGCGGGGACAAUUGUGAAGGCAUUGAUGGUGAUUGGAGCUUAUGGGGGGACUGGUCAUCCUGCACUAAAACCUGUGGUAGUGGAAUUAGGACUAGAAGCAGGAGUUGUAACAAUCCUUCCCCACAAGGCGGAGGGAGGGGCUGCAGUGGAACAUCGGAAUAUUCCGCAAGCUGUAAUACACAGACGUGCUCAGCGAUUGAUGGUGGUUGGAGCUUAUGGGGGGCCUGGACAUCCUGCACUAAAACCUGUGAUUCCGGGUGGAGUACUAGAUUCAGAGCAUGUACCAGCCCUCCCCCACAAAAUGGAGGGGCCCCCUGUAGUGGAGGAUCGAUGCAGAGUGUAAUCUGUAAUAUCCAAGGAUG